CUCGGGGAGAAACAUUCUAAGUCACCUGCCCUCUCUUCCUGGGGGGACCCAGUCCUGUUGAAGACAGAUGUGCCGCUGAGCUCAGCUGAAGAGGCAGAGUGCCACUGGGCAGACACAGAGCUGAACCGUCGCCGCCGGCGCUUCUGCAGCAAAGUUGAGGGCUAUGGGAGUGUGUGCAGCUGCAAGGACCCCACACCCAUCGAGUUCAGCCCUGACCCACUCCCAGACAACAAAGUCCUCAAUGUGCCCGUGGCUGUUAUUGCAGGGAACAGACCCAAUUACCUGUACAGGAUGCUGCGCUCUCUGCUCUCAGCCCAGGGGGUGUCUCCCCAGAUGAUAACAGUUUUCAUCGACGGCUACUAUGAGGAACCGAUGGAUGUGGUGGCGCUGUUCGGUCUGAGGGGCAUCCAGCACACUCCCAUCAGCAUCAAGAAUGCCCGCGUGUCUCAGCACUACAAGGCCAGCCUCACUGCCACAUUCAACCUGUUUCCGGAGGCCAAGUUUGCUGUGGUCCUGGAAGAGGACCUGGACAUUGCCGUGGAUUUUUUCAGUUUCCUGAGCCAAUCCAUCCACCUACUGGAGGAGGAUGACAGCCUGUACUGCAUCUCUGCCUGGAAUGACCAGGGGUAUGAACAUACAGCUGAGGACCCAGCACUACUGUACCGUGUGGAGACCAUGCCUGGGUUGGGUUGGGUGCUCAGGAAAUCCCUGUACAAGGAGGAGCUUGAGCCCAAGUGGCCCACACCGGAAAAGCUCUGGGACUGGGACAUGUGGAUGCGGAUGCCUGAGCAACGCCGGGGCCGAGAGUGCAUCAUCCCCGACGUUUCCCGGUCCUACCACUUUGGCAUCGUUGGCCUCAACAUGAACGGCUACUUCCACGAGGCCUACUUCAAGAAGCACAAGUUCAACACGGUUCCAGGUGUCCAGCUCAGGAACGUGGACAGUCUGAAGAAAGAAGCCUAUGAAGUGGAAAUUCACAGGCUACUGAGCGAGGCGGAGGUUCUGGACCACAGCAGGAACCCCUGUGAAGACUCUUUCCUGCCAGACACGGAGGGCCACACCUACGUGGCCUUUAUCCAGGAGAAAGAUGAUGAUCUUCCACCCCUGGGACCCAGCCUCGCCAAG